AUGGCCUUGGUUCAAACACCCCGCAAGACCGUGCCGCUUGCGAUGGAGGAUGAGCAUAUUCCCCGGCCGAAGCCCAAAUCACAUUCUCCUGAUGUCACACGACGGGUGUUCUUUUGCGGGGUGGUGGUGGAAGGCACGGAGGGGGGACGAGAGCUUUCACUUGAUGUCAAAGAGCUCAUUGCUUCUCUGGGAGAAAGCAUUGACUUGGUACCCGCUUCCACGAAUUCGUCUCCAUCCACUACUGACAUGAAACAAGUACGUAUCAAACGCAGGAGAGCCAUGACGAACACAUCCGCAUUGGCCGACAUUACCAAGGAGCUCGUCACUACUGAGCGUACCUACGUCAAGAAGCUUCGUGUACUCAAGAAAGAAUAUGCGGACCCACUCCGUGAGUUCUCGAAGAACAAGCACACAGCCAUUGUUCCCCCAUAUCAAGCCAAGGCUAUCUUUGGCAACAUAGACAAGCUCCUUCCGGUCAACGAGGCAUUCCUGACGGACCUGGAGAAGAUGGAUCGAGAUGGCACUCCGGGAGUGGGAGACAUUGCGAUCAAGCACUUUAAGACUCUGAAGGCUUUCGAGUGCUAUAGAGAGUACUUCGCAAAACAUGAGGAAGUACAGAAACUGUUCGAGCAUGAGGUGAAGAAGAACUCCCGUUUCGCAGAGUACAUCGACCGUGUCAAAUACUCUACAGCCUCAGACGCACGGAACAAAUUCGGUCUCGUGGAGCUGCUUGCGGAGCCAUGGCAGCGUAUUCCAAGGUACACGCUCAUGUUCAACACGAUGCUCAAACACAUGGCCAUGAAUCAUCCUCAACGAUCUCAGCUGGAGGAAGCAAUCCAACACGCAAGUGACAUCGCCAAGGCGGAAACAGAUCCUCAGAUGAAGCGUAUGGGAAUCAUGCAUUGUCUCGCAACAUCCAUUGAAAACUUCCCCAUGGACCUCGUGUCAAGUUCGCGGCACUUCAUCGACUGCAUCGACGUACAAGAUGUCGUCGCUCCGGACCCUCACGCACCAGUAUCAUCCAACGGCCCGACUGGUGCCUUGACGCUCCACUGUUCGUUGUUCCUGUUCAACGAUAAGCUCAUGAUCGUGAAGAGGCCCGCGGACAAGAGCGGAAAGGCUCUAUCGGGUUUGGAUCAACUCGACAAGGUGGUGAAGGGCGGCGCGCUUCCAUCAAGCAUGCGGAAAAGCGGGUUGGUGUGUAAAGGGGUGUUGGAUAUUACGGACGUAGCAGCGACAGAAGUCGGUGGAGCCGACUUUCACCUAUUCCUCGAGAACCCAUUGUGGGACCAGACGGAGAAAUGGGCGGGACGGCAAUUCCGUUCGCUCUCCGUAGUCUUUCCCCCUGCUGCAGUUCACUUGGAUCCCAUACGCACGGCGAACGAGAAGAGGCGCUUCCUUGACGCCGUAUGGCUCGCCCAAGCCCGCUUUCGAACCCGAGCCGAACGGUCCAUCGUGCUUCGGGGCGAGGAGUUCGAGGUCGAGAACCGCGGUGGGUAUGUCACAUAUGCUAGCACGUAUUACAAUGUGUACACCCGUACGAACUUCCUACAAGAGCCUAAGAAGACGAAGAUUGUCCUCCAUAUCGAUCAGGACGGCAUCGCUGACGCCGUACCGUUUGGCGAGAGCGAAGGACCAUACGUUGUUGUAAGAGUCCAACCUAUAGCUGGAGCACUCGCACGUUACAACGUCACGUCAAGCUAUGAGGACGAGCCUGAGGAAGAUAUCAUGCAACCGGGGCGCAUACCUGAGCGCAUCGUACAAACUAUUCAACAAUACGGCCUCUUCAAAUUCAAGACCGGGGCUCUGUCGCGUCCUACAACACCUACCGUCUCUCGCUCGCGCGCUGCCAUUUUCGGCCUGGACGUGAUCUCCCGCAAUCUUUUCGGCGCUCGGUCAACCUCGGGAGGUAUGAGCGACUUCUUCGGGGGCUCGAUGAAUGGACAUCGUCGCGCAAGAACGGCUGAUAGUCGUAGUUCAACGCUCACCGGUUCCGGGAGCACCACGGGAAGCAGUAUAUCGCAGUUUUCAAGAGCCUCUACUACAACCGUGGCAACAUCGCUCAUGGACGACGAACCGCCUCCCUCGCUGACAAAAAGCACAAGAAGCUCAAGGACACGUUCGCUUUCUCGCGGGGCGAAGAAACUCAUCAAGCGAGCGAAAUCGCCCUUCCAGAGCGAUUACGAGGACGCUGUUGACUCCGAUGAUGCUGGCCCUCCCAGUGCGUACGAUAGCGCGUCCAUGAAACGGGGUCGCUCUGCAUCUGCCGGAGAAGCGAUGACUGUGGAUGCUUCCGAGCGCGACCUGGCUAGGCGGCUCGAGUUGGCGCGCAAGAACAGCCAAAAUCAACACGGGCGAGAAUACGAGUCCCUUGCCAUGCAGGAACCGGUAGAAGACACUAUAUACGAAGGCUCUUCUGAUCUUGGGCUUCUCUUCACAGAUGAUCCUCCGCCCGCGCAACGCCCCCUCUCACGCGUUUCCCGCAUGUCGCGCGCUCUGCCGGAGCUACCACAAGAUUACGACUACGCAGCAAGCCAGCGUUCCACGACGCCCACGAUCCGCGCGCAAUCACCCGCACUCAGCGAGAGCAGCCGGCGCGCACGAUCGCUUUCACGCCACUCUUCAGACCGAUCAGAUCGCCGACCCAUGGGUCCGCGUAGCCCUUCCCCACUGCCAAGGAGUCCGCGCUCAGCACACUCCCGCAUGCCCUCGGCGGACUCGGACACAGAGCCGGACAAUACCCAGCCCAUGUUCCCGACAACCCCGAUGCGCACAGUCUUCCCUCGCACACCCAUCCCGCGCAGCAAGCGACAGCCGUUUGAACCCACCAGUGCAGUCAACACAGACAUGACACCAAAAGCUGCAGCAACAGAAGAUGACGAUCGCAGAAGCAUGGAGUCUACGAAACUGCCUGGCCUCAUAGAACCACUGGCGAUUAAGAAACGCUCAUCUGUGCGGACGAAUGCGUCAACAGCAACAAUUACUGACUCCCCAGCGACACCAGCCCAUAGACCGCCUCAGCUGGCCCGCCGGCCUUCUCCCUACCAGAAAGGCCCCUCCGUGAAAUCCCAAACAACUCGUACCUCAGGGAACAGGACGACAGUGCCUACUAAGCUCCCCCGUGCCGAGGAGGAUGACGUCGACUUGGAUGAGCUUCAGUCCGUCGUCAAGCGUUCAGCUGAAGCAAUCAAAGCAGAUAUCGAAGAUUCGCAUCGCGCGAUCAAGAAAAUCAGACUCGAGACCCAGAAAGUGGCUACCUCGUCGCCCGUACGAGCUGCGGUCGUCGCACGGGAGACAAAUCCACCCUCUCCUGUGAAACGUAGUCAACCACUCACACCGCAACGACCAUCAUCUCCUGCAUGGACGAGAGAAGCCUUGACACGUCGCGAAGAGAUGCUGCAAGCAAUCGGCAAACGUGCUUCCGUCGACAUCUCCUCAGGUGGACCCCCUCGCAUCCGGACCGCACUGGGACCGUCUAGUUCCGCCUCUUCGCUAUUCUCCGCCAGUAGCACGAGCGGGAGUCAAACGGAUUGCGAACUCGCGAACUUUGUGGACGACGUUGCUGAGGAAGCCGAACAUAAGCUGGAUAGCGCUCUUCGACAUCAAGAAGAGGCGGAGUCAGAAGUUCGGCGUCUCAUGAGGCUGCUGAGAGACCGUACAGACGACCUGGUCAAGACUGGCUUGGGGCUCCAGAACUGGAAGCGGCAAUACGAGGUCGUAAGUCAAUUGCUUGCCAACAGUCAGCAGGAGGUCAACGAGCUCUAUCAGUACUUCAAUGAAGAGCUUGAAGGCAUGUUUGACGCCGCUAGUUUACCCGACGACGAUGCGUGGGCAGCCAUGACACGCAAGGUCAAGGAGGCACAGCAGGGCAAAGCGCGGGUGGAGCAAGAGAACUCCCAGCUCAAGACACGCAUUGCAGAGCUCGAAAUUCAACAAGAGCAGUGGGCAGCAUUGUUGCGUGAACACGGACUUAUAUCAUGA